GGAAGCGCAUUUCCUGCCUCCCUGGGCCAGGCUGGAUGAGCCAGGAGUUCCAGCAGCGCGGACCCGUCAAACCCCAGCCUCCAUCUACACCCAGCGGUCCGGAUCUCCACCGACACCACUGUCCACGGGAGCCCCGUGUCCCCUCCUGCUCAUCCACAGCCCAGAGACCCUGUGCCCUUGUGCCCACUUCUCCCCACUCCUCAGCUGCCAUCUCAGAAGGCUGGAGCAGGGACGCCGUCACUCCGGCCGCCUGCUCCCCAAGGGUCCCCACGAGAGCCCACGCCAGCCACCGCGCCCGCCCGCAGCCCUGCCCCUGGACACCGGAUAAGGGCCGGCACACAGAGCCCGGGUGCACAGCAUGGACCGUGGCUCGCUUCCCCUACUCAUUGCCCUGCUGCUGGCCGCCUGCAGCCUCAGCCCCACAGGUUUUGCAGAAACAACUCUUUGUGACCUCCAGCCUGUGGACUCGCUGGGGAGCAAGGUGACAUACUUCAUGAGCCAAGUUGCUGAGGGCUGUGUGGCUCAAAUUGCCAAUGCUACCUUAGAAACCCGAAUCCUCAUACUGGAUUUCCCGAAGGCUUUCUCAAACCUGGAGCUGACAAUCAAGACAUCCCAGCAAGAGGACGUCCAGCCCCGGGAGGUGCUGCUGGUUCUCAGCUCUGACAGCAUUGUGGCAGUGCGCCUGCAGGCCCUGGGGAUCCCCCUCCACCUGGCCUAUGACACCAAAAAGAUCUACAUCCACGAUUUCUCAGGAGUCCUCAGUUCCAACACUACACACCUGUCCCCCUUCACCAACAAGAGCGAGCUUCUCGCCUGGGCAGCUACAAAGGGCCCUAUCGCCUCUGUGGCCAAGCUGAAUGACCCUGGAAAGAUCCUUCUUCAUCUGGACCAAGCCCCGGGGUCGCCAUCAUCCUGUGUUCUGGAGCCCCAUGUAGACAUGGGUCACACACUUGAGUGGCAGCCGCACGGUGAGGUCUCUGUCCGUGGUUGCCAGUUUAAAAGUAUGACCAGCCACAAGGAGGCACACAUCGUGAGGGUCCUGCCGGGUCCCCGGGACAGGCCCCGGACAGUGACCGUGAAGGUGGAGCAGACCUGCCCUUCAGAGGACCCCUCUGUGCUCAUACUGCAGGGACCCCAAGAGGUGACCUGGCUCAUCGACUCCAACCACAACAUGCAGAUUUGGCCCACUGGUAAUUACUUCAUCAAGAUCUUUCCUGAGAAGACUAUCCGUGGCUAUGAGCUCCCAGAGACACCCCAAGGCCUGCUGAGCGAGGCCCGAAAGCUCAACGCCAGUGUGGUAGCAUCCUUUGUGGAACUCCCUCCAGCUAGUGUCAUCUCAUUGCUGGUCCACAGCUGCAGUGGCAGCAGCCCUCAGACCUCACCUGAACCCUUCCAGACCACCCCCUCCCAGGACAUCUGCAACGAGAACCUGCUUCUGGAGCUGGUCAGACCGCAGUGCUCCCAGAAGGGCAUGACACUGGUGCUGCUGAAAAGUUAUAUCUCGAUCCUGAGGUGCGCCAUCAGCAGCAUGACCUUCUAUGACCCCAGCUGCCGGGCUGAGGACAAGGAUGACACAUUAAUCUUGCACAGCACCUUCUCUAACUGUGGCAUGCAAGCAACAGAAGCUGUGGUCAGCAAUGCGGUAGUCUUCAACCUUCUGACGAGCUUGUCACCAGUGCAGAAAAGGGUGUCCUGCAUCAACGUGGACAAACUCUCCUUGAAGCUGGGCCUCUACCUCAGCUCAGACUUCCUCCAGGACUCCAACACUCUGGAGCUGGGGCAGCAGGGCUUUGUGCAGGUAAAAAUGUCCCCAGUCGUCUCUGAGAUCUCACUUCACCUGAACAACUGCCAGCUGGAUCUGGGGCCUGAGGCAGACAAAGUGGAACUCAUCCAGAACCAGACAGCCAAGGGCAGCUGUGUGAGCCUGCUGGCCCCAAGCCCCACGGGUGACAUGCGCUUCAGCUUCCUCCUCCGUGGCUACAUGGUGCGCACACCCACUACUGGCACCCUCAGCUGCACCAUAGGCUUGCGGGCCAACAAUCUGUCCACGGAUGUCUUCAAGUCUGUCUCUAAGCACCUCAACAUCAUCAGCCCUGCCAUGCCUGGCAAAACCCUCGUCCUGCCCACAGUGCUGGGCAUCACCUUUGGCGCCUUCCUCAUCGGGGCCUUGCUCACCGCUGCGCUCUGGUACAUCUACUCGCACACGCGUCCCCCUGGCAAGCGGGAGCCCGUGGUGGCGGUGGCUGCCCCGGCCUCCUCGGAGAGCAGUAGCACCAACCACAGCAUCGGGAGUACCCAGAGCACCCCCUGCUCCACCAGCAGCAUGGCAUAACAUCCAGCCUGGAGCCCUGGGGGCCACCCAGCAGGAAAGACUGAGUAACCACCAGCUGGGAGCCACUGGCCAUGAACUCACCCUGGGACCCCAACCCCUCCACCCUAAGGACGGCCCCUGCCUUCUGUGCCUCCCCCAUCUGCCUCCCCCUCAGAGGCUUGCUGUCAGCAGGGGCACCAGCCUGGAACACUUGGGGGUCCCUCCACCCUAUCCCACAGAAUCUUCAAACCCAGUGGGUCUGGAGUAUGUCUGCCCUGGACCAUGGAGAGGAAAACUACAGCCCUGUCUGUCCAGAUUGUCACAGAAACCACAGUCCCUGUUAUCUGAACCUGGAUCCGCACAGUGUCGGAGCUGCGCGGGGGUUGGGGGGAGUUGAGAACUCGAAAAAGACUGAACUGCACACCCAGGCCAACAGCGCCAGCUUAGUAGCGUGGAAGAGGGCCAGCCAGAGCAUCGGGAUCUGGACUCAGCAGACUGGUACCUGGACUGGCAUGACUUUGGCGGGGAAACAGAAAUCUGGGGUGCCCAUCCUGGGAGCACGGGGAGCCUAGCUCCUUCCUGCAGGUGCCUCCCUCUGAGCCCAUCAGGAAGGCAGCAGCUGGGGUACACCCCGUCCUGCGUCCACCCUUCUAUACUCACCACCAAUAAAUCAGACCCAAAACCA